CCUUCAGUACAUAAUUCUCUAAAGAUGCCAAACUAUGAUCGCAUCUUCACAUCCAAUAUUGCUGACUAUGUUGGGUUUGCCAAGCUCUUGCAAGACUUCAAACCACUUCUUAAUUCUAGUAAUCACUACUCAGUACUUGUUACUGAGACAAUAAACUGGUAUAGACUUUUCAUUCAGCCUGGGAAUGAACUACAAGUUCAACUUUGUACUGAAGCUUACAUUCAGGACACAGGCAGGAAUUUAGCUGAUCUUCUUGUGCUUGACACUGAUGUAGCACCUUCUACCUUGUUAGAGUACUUUGAUAAUGCCCCUCACUUUGUUGGCUAUCUGCGUGCACAAAUCAUGGCAGGGGGUCUUGGGAUACCACCAUUGACUUAUUUGCCAUCAAAUGGUGAAGUGAUGAAGUACAAUGGUCUAGAAAUGCGUGACUUUCGUAAGAAGCUGAAUCGUCUUGUCCCAUUUCAGUAUCGAACCAAUGCUCGUGACUUGACCAGAAUAACUGCAACUGACAGAGCAGUAGAGUGGUAUCUGCCACAUACUGAUCACUAAAUUAUAGUAAGCAAGAGCAGGUUGACAUUACAUCAUUAAGAGUCGUUAUAUAAAAAUGACUUUCCAAACUGUCACCUGUAAGUGUUACCAAAAUCAAUAAUCAAAGAAAUAGCUUAGUUUCAACAAAAGGAAAAAUGUCUAUGUUGGAAAAUUGAUGAUUAAAUCAUCGGACUAAGCAUUUAGAUUUAAAUACCAACUUGGUUUUGAGGCAAUUUUGUAAUCCACUUUAACUUGAGGUAACUUAAAAAUGUUUACACUUCAUGCUUAUGUAUAUAUUACAUAAACUGACAAUCAUUUCAAAGAUAGAUGGUAUCACCCUAAUGUACCAUCAUUUGGUGAAAUGAUUAGGUAAUGGU